CCGCCCUCCGAAAGACCCAAGUUCUAUUAAAAAAAUCAAUUUGGACUCUGUCAGUUCCGUGCAGAGAUUUAUACAAUUCUUACCGGCGAAAAUUCAAACCCCACACGUUGAAACUAGGGUUUCUGGUUUUCCAAUCGAGCUUUUGUGUCUUGGAGCUACCUUCAACAAUGGCGAAGGGGCGUUAUACUCGAUUGAACGGUAGAAAAUGGUCGACGAUCACGCUCGUCUUCUCUGUUAUGUUCACGUUAUCGGUUGUUCUUCUGAUGCUUUUGGCUCUUGGAAUAGUAUCACUUCCGGUCAGCUCCGACGAUUCUCCGCCUAACGAUCUCAGCUCCUUCAGGCGUAGAAUUGUGGAGAGAGGUGGUGGUUUGGGGAAGAGACGAGAGCAGUGGACUGAAGUCCUUUCUUGGGAGCCAAGAGCUUUCUUGUAUCAUAAUUUUUUGUCGAAGGAGGAAUGUGAAUACUUAAUUAGUAUUGCUAAACCGCAUAUGGCAAAGUCGACAGUGGUUGAUAGCACAACUGGACGUAGCAAAGAUAGCAGGGUCCGCACCAGUUCAGGAAUGUUUCUCAAGAGAGGGCGUGAUAAGAUAGUCAGAGAUAUAGAAAAAAGAAUAGCAGACUUUACAUUCAUUCCUGUAGAGCAUGGCGAAGGACUACAAGUUCUCCACUAUGAAGUCGGGCAAAAGUAUGACGCACAUUAUGAUUAUUUCCUCGACGAGUUUAACACAAAAAAUGGAGGCCAAAGGGUUGCAACUGUUUUGAUGUAUCUGUCAGAUGUUGAAGAAGGUGGCGAGACAGUAUUUCCUUCUGCCCGGGGAAACUUCAGUUCUCAACCAAAUUGGAAUGAAUUAUCUGAAUGUGCAAAAGAGGGACUUUCAGUGAAACCAAAAAUGGGCGACGCUUUACUAUUUUGGAGUAUGAGACCUGAUGCAACUUUAGAUCCGUCAAGUUUGCAUGGAGGAUGCCCAGUGAUCAAUGGGAACAAGUGGUCUUCUACAAAGUGGCUGCAUCUUGAAGAGUACAAAAUAUAAAUUGUAGCAAAGCAAGUAGAGGGAUAUACGUACUCUUUUUUGAGGAGCCCGGUACCAGCAACAUUCGUGCUUGCUUGGGGAUAUGAUGACCGGUUUUUGUAAAUUACCCAACAAAAAAAAAAAGAUCGAACCAUGUAUUACUUCAUUUUCAUUUUUUUUAAUCUUCUCCCUCAUUCUUAUUCUUCUAUACAUAUAUUUUUUUCUCUUAUAAUAUGUCAAAAAAUUUAAUCUUCUAUUAAAUCUUUUAUCUAAUAACUUAAAAUUA